CGGAAUCCGGGACCGGGGAGGCUGCGGGCAGGGUUUAUCCGAGGACGGUUCCAGGUACAGGACACAGCUGAAGAAGUUGCAGCUCGACGGCAGCAGACGUAGGGGGAAGAGGUGUAGCCAGCACAGACUAUCGUUAUCAGCACCGCAAUGCCAAACGAGAGUCACACCCCCAGAUGCAUCCUCAUCAGACACGGCCAGACGGAGUGGUCGAAGUCCGGACAGUACACCUCGGUGACAGACUUGUCGUUGACCCCGUUCGGGGUGAAGCAGAUGGAGAUCACUGGCGAACACUUGAUCGGCGACUCACACAAGUACUUGAUCAACCCUGAGGUGGUUCGCCUCAUCAUCACGUCGCCCCGCAAGAGGGCGAUCCAGACAAAGGAGCUGUUGUUCAAGCACGUGGAUAAGAAGGUGUACGAGGCAAUUCCCUCGGAGAUCGACGAGGACAUCCGGGAAUGGGAGUACGGCGACUACGAGGGUCUCUUGACCAAGCAGAUCAAGGAGUUGCGGGCCAAGAGAGGGCUCCCCUACGAAGACUGGACGAUCUGGCAGUACGGGUGUGAGAACGGCGAGGACUACAAGCAGGUCACUGCGAGAAUCGACGUGCUUAUCGCCAGGAUCCAGGCCAUCCACAAGGAGUACCUUGACAAGAAGGAGUCGUGCGACAUCAUGAUUGUCGCACACGGCCACAUCCUCAGAUGCUUUGCGGCAAGAUGGAUUGGCCUCGACAUCCACAGAAACCCCCGCUUCAUGUUGGACGCUGGCGGUGUGUGCGUGUUGAGUUACCAGCACCACAACAUCAAGGAGCCUGCACUUUACUUGACCGGCGCGUUCACCGUUCCGCUAGCAGAGGAAGGUCAAGACGUUUAACCACAUUCCCCACGUGUCACUAUGCUUUGUUUCCUGUUCGGAUCUAUGUUCGCUAUAUAUUAGUUUCUAUGCUAUGUAGAAAAAGGAAGUCCAGAGAAAGAA